AGGAGAGUUUUGAACUCUUCUCAAAGAAGGUCUUUCAAUACCAAGCAAGAAUCGAGGAAAGAAGCUACUCCAAAGAUUUGGAAGAUGUUGGAAGGAAAUUGGUUGCUAGGUGCGGUGGAUUACCACUUGCGAUUGUGGUAUUAGGAGGUCUCUUAUCGACAAAGGAGCGAACACUUGGCGUGUGGAACAAAGUAGUUGAAAGCGUGAAUUGGCAACUUAAUGAAGGCCCACAGCAAUGCAUGGACAUAUUAGCUCUGAGUUAUACAGACUUACCGUAUUACUUGCAAUCUUCUUUUCUCUAUUUUGGUCUUUACCCAGAAGACUAUGAGAUCUCUUCUGAAAAAUUGAUUCGAUUAUGGGUUGCGGAAGGGUUUAUACUACAGAGAGGAGAGGAAACUAUGGAAGAUACUGCUGAGGAGUACCUAGAAGAGUUGAUUGAUAGGAGCAUGAUCCAAGCAGCAAGUAGGAGACCAGAUGGAGGUGUUGAAAAAUGUCGAAUCCAUGAUCUCUUGCGGGACUUGGCAGUUUCAGAAGCCAAGAAAGAUAAGCUUCUUGAAAUAUAUGGGACUAGUAACUGUUCCGCUAGUUCUCUAAGCAGAUUUCGUCGGCUUGCGAUCCAUCCAAACAACAAUGAGUGUCCAUAGGAGGCAGAGAUCAAAUAAGGACUACAACAAGGGCUUGACAGAGCAAUGCAGAUGGGAAGCUUAUGGUCAGAGUCUCAGGAGUUAGCAAAAUGGUUGAAGGUGGCAAUGGCCAUUGGGAUUUUUAUAUCUCUUAAUUUGAUUUGAUUUAUGCAAUCUAGUUAUUAAAAUAAAUUAUGUUUGUAAACAUUAUUAAACAUGAAAGAUUUUAUA